UACGUACAUGGUAAAGCCUUUUUUAUUUUCGCCGAGCUUCAAAGAGUUGGAUACCAGCAACACCAUUACACCAUUUCGAGAAGUAUUGAAACCUAAGGGUGGCACUGGUCAAUUGACAAGGCCAAGGAUAACGAUAGCUCACCACGGUGGUUUCAUGCACCAAGUCAAGUCUUUCCAGUCAGACUCCAGUGACCAAAAAUGUAUCGUAUAGGAAUCGACGUUGGCGGGACCAAUUCGGACGCAGCAAUCAUCGAUAUAAAUAAAAUCGACACACCAUCUCGCGGAGUCUUAGCGACAUGCAAGACACCAACCACGUCCCAUGUCACGCUGGGUAUUAAAGAAGCUGUUGAAAAGGUUCUCCUCGAGUCAAAGGUCGAUAGGAGUAAGGUGCUGAACGUCGCGAUUGGGACCACCCAUUUCGUCAACGCCGUGGUGGAGAAUGAUGCCAGGAGGUUGAGCAAGGUGGCAGUGAUCCGUCUGUGUGGUCCAUAUACAAAGAAGAUUCCUCCAUUCUGCGACUUUCCAUAUGCACUGCGAAAUAUAAUCGAGGGACCCCAUUACUAUCUGGACGGAGGUCUUGAGAUUGACGGGCGAGAAAUCGCAACGCUCGACCCUGCCCAGAUAAAGCGGACCGCAGACGAGAUUGUCAGCCAGGGCAUCCAAUAUGUCGCCAUCGUCGGUGUCUUUUCAGCGCUGGACCAUCAGGGAAUCCACGAGGAGAAGUGCAAGACUGUCCUCCAGGAGUACUAUCCUUCGCUGUCAGUGGUGUGUUCCCAUUCCAUAGGAGGACCGGGACUCUUGCCUCGGGAAAAUGCCACGAUUCUCAAUGCGUCGAUUCUGGCAUUUGCUCGCAAAACCAUCAAGGGCUUCAGACUCGCCAUGUCCAAGUUGGAUCUCUCGUGUCCACUUUACCUCACACAGAAUGAUGGUACACUCACGGAUGCCGCCGUGGCUGCUGAGCUUCCUAUCAAGACGUUCGCGAGCGGUCCGACGAAUAGUCUUAUGGGAGCCGCUUUCCUCCAGGGACUCGAUCUUGGGGACAAGAAGAUGGCGGAUAAGCAGUUUGUCGUUGUAGAUAUUGGUGGAACGACCACCGAUAUCUGUGCUUUACUACCCAACGGCUUUCCUCGACAGGCACCGAACUUUGUCGAGGUCGCUGGCGUGCGUACCGCUUUCAGUAUGCCAGAAGUCUUCAGUAUCGGUCUCGGUGGUGGGAGUCGAGUACGACAGAGUGCAGAGCAUGGCGGCAAGGUCACCGUCGGUCCUGACUCUGUGGCUCUACGCCUGACGACGGACGCGAUGGUGUUUGGGGGAGAUGUCAUGACGUCCACGGACGUUGUCGUUGCCUCGGGUGCCGCCGCGAAUAUAGGCCAGGCCGAGAAGGUGAAACACAUCUCUGCCGAGCUGAUCGGUGCCGCCAAAGCGGAUAUCAAGAGACAGCUCGAGAGGGCCAUUGACAAUAUGAAGGUCUCUUCGGCACCGGUGUCCAUGUUACUCGUGGGAGGAGGUUCGAUCAUCCUCACGGACGAUCUGGAUCUGGACGGCGUCGAAGAAUGCCUGCGGCCACCUCAUCACGACUCCGCCAACGCUGUCGGUGCCGCCAUCGCCAAAGUCGCGGGUGAGAUCGACGUCAUUGAGGUUCUGGCGGGACGAGACGAAGACGCCGCCGUCGAAGCGGCGAAACAAGCCGCCAUCAAAGCCGCCAUCUCGAACGGAGCCGACGAGAGCACCGUCCAGAUUGUCGAGAUCAAAAAGAUCCCUCUACAAUAUGUUACGAAUAAGGCCACUAGGUUUGUCAUGAAGGCAGUGGGGAACCUCAAAGUACGAGACUCUACAGUAGUCAACGGCGCCGCCGCUUCAUCCAAUGGUGUCUCCAGUUCUGACACCGGAGAGGACUUUGAGGCUAUUGGAGAAGAGGAAGUGAAAAAGGCCGAAAUCACCAAACUUGCAAAGGGAAGUCUGGCCAAACCCGCGCUUGACGUCGACCUCACGCAGUACCGUCCACGAGUCGAAGACGGAAUAUGGUACAUCUCUCCCGUCGACGUCGAGAUGAUUGCGUCCGGAGCUGGUGUAUUGGGGACAGGAGGCGGUGGUUCUUCUUACCUCAUGGCCCUUUACACUCAGAACCUCUUGAGAGAGAGUGGCGCAGCGGGAAAAAUCCGAGUCAUGCGUCCCGAGGACCUGAAAGACUCGGACAUUUGCGUGUUUGGUGCUGGGUAUGGUGCCCCCAGCGUGAGUGACGAACGAAUAUCCUCCGGGACCGACGUCUUCACUGCCAUCGACGCCGUCAACACCAUAUUGGGUAUUGAGGACUUUGACGCCAUCGUCACGGACGAGAUCGGUGGCGGCAACGGUCUAGUCACCAUGCCCACGAGCGCCAAAUACGACCGACCCAUCGUAGACUGUGACCUCAUGGGUCGAGCGUACCCGACCCUCGAACACGGGACCCCUUAUGUGUACGGGUUCCCUGUGUUGCCCGUCGCCACGGCCGACUGCAAGGGCAACUGUUCGGUCACACUCACGGCCGAAUCAAACAAAAAAGUCGAAAGCCUGAUCCGAAACACCUGCAUCGAAAUGGGCAACUCCACGGGGACCGCAGGGAGACCUCUCGAGGGGAAAAUCAUCAAGAAAUACACAGUCACCAACACCAUCUCCCAAGCUUGGUACCUCGGCCGUGCGGUCCAUCUUGCAAGACAGACGAAACUGGACUUUAUCGAAGCCAUCGCCAGUAUAACACCGGUCAAGUCUUUGUAUACAGGCAAAAUCGUAGACGUCACACGAGACGUGUCACGAGGAUAUACUGUGGGAAAGGUUGUCAUUGCACCACUUUCGGCGGACGAGGAGGAAGGGACUACCACCACCACCACCACUACUACAUCUCAUACAUCAACAACUCCAGUCACUGAGAAACGACACCUAGUCAUCCCCUUCCAAAACGAAUACUUGUCCGCGGCCUACGUGGACAACGAAAAAGCAGAAGGCCCCGAACAAGUCAUCUGUACUGUACCCGACCUCAUCAGUAUCUUGGGUCAGGACGGUGAGGCUUUGGGAUCGCCGGAAUUACGGUACGGCCUGAAAGUCAGGGUCAUCGGCCUCCCCGCUCACCCUCUGUGGACCUCGACGCCGGAAGGUCUCAGAGUCGGUGGACCGGAAUUCUUCGGUCUCAAUACCGAAUUCAAAGCCAUCGGAGAGUAUCAAAAACCUAGAAGUGUCAUUGACGAGUUUGACACGGUCGUCGGCAAAGGAAAAUAGUAGAAGGAAAUGACAAAAAGUACAGUAGACUUUGUAAAUUGAAGACAAGACCUAGGCUGGCAUAGCGACAAAGCCUCAUAGAAGAAGAGACGG